AUGCACGAUGCAAUCAUUUACCCACCAAUGCGGAGAUUCGUGCUAUCACUUUACGGAUACGAAGGCGUCAAGCGGGUCAGGGACUCGCUUUUCGAGUCCAGUUACGACAGUGUCCAGGACGACAUCAGAAACUGCUGUGCACUUUGCGUAUCCCCCGAUGGCUGUCUUGUCGCAUUUGGUCUUAUCUCUGGAGAGAUAAACAUCUGGGACUAUGAUCCGUCCGAGGACGAAUUCCUUCCGAAGACUACGGUAGAAGGCAUCGGGAGCGCAGAGUAUCUUGAGUUCUCACCCAGCUCUAGGUAUCUGAUGGUGGGGUCAGAGAGUGUAGCACAGACGUGGGACUGGCUGGCGGGCAGCCUACUCCACUCGUGCACUCUAUCGGGCGACAUUGCCUGCGCGACGAUCUCCGAUACCCAUUUAGCAGUAGCAGGCACGACAGGUAUUUCCCUGCGAGUUAUCGACUCUCCCGACGCACGCGAGGAGAUUUUGUUCACCGGACAUCACAGUCCCGUCGAGUACAUGCUAUUCUCCCUCGACGGGGCCCGUCUUGUCUCCAGAUCGACCGACGAUACGAUCUGUGUCUGGGAUGUGCACAGCAGAGUCCAGAACUGCCGAGCAGUGAUGUCCAAAGGCUUCGAGCACUUCUACCUCCCUUAUUCAGGAGACGACGUAGGCUCGGCAUGGCUACACGGACCGCACGGCGAACUGCUCCUGCAGAUCCCCCAGCCAUACGCUCCAUACGUCCAACAUCUACCGUGUCGAACGCGUAUUGCCGAGUACCGAGUGACUGUCGAUUGGGAGGGGGCCGUUCACGGGGAAGAGUGGACCAAGUGCUACAUCGGACCGAAGUACAUAACAUCCGGCCCCAUGCCUUGA